GCGAUUGUAAUCCACCAUUAAAUGAUGGUCAUUCAACUGUGACUUUCUUUUCAUCCUCGAGUAAAUUUUGGGCGGCAGGGUGAAAGAUAUUGUACAUGUAGAUGCAUCUCAGUGCACGUCAUUCGGGUUAUCCUUCAACAUACGCUGCGUAGGCUAUCCGACCAUGGCCACGACAAAUUGUUGCAAAAAGGCCGGCCUCUAUCUGGGAUUCGACGGGGAACCUGUCCAACGAUUCACUCUUCCACAGGCAAAAUGGCCUCUGGCGCCCAUUUCGUGGUGCAUCUUUCGCACUUUCCUGGCCGUCUACCUGUUCAUAUGGCUGAUUCUUAUUCUGGUCGAGUGGGGAGAACCUGCUGACAGUAAAGCCAAGUGGCUCAUCUACGUCUCUGACUGGUCUUUCUUGGUGCUCAUUCUGUAUCUGACGGUCAUGGCGAUCGGGAACAUCUACUACCACGUUAGACGUGGCUGUCGGAUCACCCCAGAAGUCGAUCCCGAGUCCGGGGCGGACCCUGAAGGGGGGAUACCCAUGUCUACGGUCAUAUCACCUCAAGAACCUCUAAGCAGCGGUGGUGAUGGCGGAGAGCCCCUGGAACCUCUCCCGUGGUACUUCAAGUUAGCCUGGUUCCUGCAGACCAUCGCGUUCACCGCUGGACUGUUCGUAGCCAUCAACUUCUAUACCCUCGUCUUCUCACCUUCCAGGGAUGUGCUGACUGCUUACAACUUCCACGUUCACGGUGUCAAUCUCAUCGUGAUCGUCCUGGAUGUCGUCUUAUCGGCCACGCCCAUGCGAUUGCUGCAUCUCAUCUAUCCCACCCUCUAUGCCGCCCUCUACUUCAUGUUCACGCUGAUUUACCAGAAAGCAGGCGGUCUGAACGAGUUGGGAGGUGUGGCCAUCUACUCGAAGUUUCUGGACUGGGGCGGGGCACCAAGCACCACCGUUAUCGUGAUGGUUCUCACUGUGUUUGUCGCCACGCCCAUUAUGCACUUGGUGUGGUACGCAAUCUAUCGCAUUCGUCAUGCCGUAUCCAAGCGCCGCCCUGGGUAUUGCUGGUCAUAUUAGCAGGGUCAUUUUCCAAAUGUCGGCAUCGUCUCCGACAUCGGCUCUAUCUAUAGGGCUCCAGAUGUAUUUUGAACGCAUGUCAUGGUAAAAAAA